AUGACUGCUCAGCACGUUUUCCGAGAUAAUUCUCCUAUGCCUCUUGGAAACUACUCGCAAGCAGAGAAGGCUAUCUCUUCGUUGGCGAGGGGUUCCCGGAUGUGGGCGGAUCUAGAACUGGCUGUGUUUUACAAAAGUUGCAUCUACGAGUCCGAGCAGACAACACCGGCAUACGUUCUCUCGUUUGGGAUACAGAAACGUCUUGGGCCAGAACAGAGGGCGGCAACCCCUAGAUUACCCAGGGUUCUGAGAGAUGCCAGUGACGCAGUCCAUCCUACUGACGUAUCGGCUUUCCGUAUAACUUCCAUCAACGUCCGCAUGGAUUAUAGUCACUACAACAAACAACGGAAACGGCGCUCACAAACUGAACCACGCCGAAGAAACUAUCUGACACCAACAACAGAGUUCAACGAUGGGGGUAGCUCUGGGACAUACCAUCUGUCAAACGACAUUCUAAUCAUGGAAAGGGCCCACGACUCGCUACUCCAGAACGACACGGAGGAAGUGAACCUAGGAUGGGGAUAUCCUACCCAUACAAGCCCCGAGAUCUCCACCUAUUCAGAGCUUAGCACCUUGUUUCUAGAGGGACUGAGGACGCUGGUUUUUGGGUCUGGAGUGGCAAGACACAGGAAGAGCCAAACAAGACACGACAUCUUCCAAAGCCUAUCCGGAAUCGCGCCCUCAGUUUUCAAGCUCGGCUAUCGUGAGGCAAUGAACCAACGGUCACGGUUAAUACCGUCAAUCGCGAAAUCCUUGACCUCAUUAGUGGGACACAGCAAUGACCAAACUCUCAAGGACAAGCUUGCCUCCACUGGAUCAGUACUCAGCUCAAGCUCGCACAUUUCUAUAUCACAGAGGAGUAAUAACCUAAAGACUAUAAUCAAGACCAGGCUCUGGACUAUGGCCCAGAAACGACUCUAUAGCGCACCAACCCCGAAGCACCUGAAACAUUCUUCCAAUCAAUUGCCCGGCGCAGACAGCGACGAGAAGGCACAGGAUGAGAAUCUCCUCUCUGAAACAAUGGCGGAGGAAUCAGCCUACAUCGGCGACGAUCCCAUCGAUGCCGAUUACGGAUUGGACUUCAGUUCGGAGAUUUGCCCAGACGGCAGCGAACACAAUCUUAUUUUCGACUAUGAAGAGUGUGGAGACGAAUAUGACUCAAUCAUGAUCCUCGAAGACUCGAAUACUACUAACCCAGCACCAUUUCCAGGAGAACCUCUUGAGGAUUUGGCCUUAAGAGGCAACUUACCAGCCCAUUUUAAAGACAAGAUGAGCCUAACAUCGCCAUACACAUGCACAUCAUCAGUCCCACUAUCAUUUGCCAGCCAUGAAAGACCAGACACAGACCUCGAAAUGCUUGAUGUGGAUUCCGAGUCCGCAAACGGCUUUCCGCCUCCUCCUAGCCAAAAGUCCUCACCAACUGAUCACCAUGGAGAUGACCAGGAGUUUAUCGAUCUGUGCGAGGGUCGGCCAUACUUAGACCAACGUCAGACGUCCUUUCCGAUAAGUCCAUCUAUUGAUCGAAGCUCGCAUGUCAGUAGGAAAGAGGAUUUUGACAUGCUCAGUGAUGAUUUAUGA